AUGAGGGCCUCGUUCAUCGCGGGCUUCCUAGCCCUCGCGGCCUCCCAAGCCACCGCGCAAUUCACAAACCAAUCCGCACCCUUCACCCUCGUCCUGCACUCUCAGAACGCGACCAUCAACGGAUCGACCCUCGUGCCCUGCCACGAAGGCGCCGCCAUCGAAGGCCUCUGCUACGGCAGCGCAGUCGCCGGGGCCCCGGCCACGCAAUACAACUUCAACUACUCGAGCGCGUCGACGCCCGACCCCAAAAUCGGCGUCGUCGGGAUCCUGACCUACGAGCUGCGCGGGGGCAACUUCAACGUUUCGUCGCCCAUGGAACUCAGCUACAACCCGGUCUCGAACGUCGCGGUGCCGCUGUUCACCCCCGGAGAAAACUCGCAGGAGGUCGCGUUCGAUGCUGCGAAUAAGUUGGCCAUUCCGGGCUAUCUCGAUGAUAGACAGAUCGCGUCUGGCAGCCCGUAUAACCCGGCGCUGUACUAUCGCUGGUACGCGUGCACCACGAAUGCGGGCUACACGUACCAGACGCUGGCGUGGGUGAUGGGGGACCAGAGGCCGGAGAACCCUACCUGUCAGAAGGUUGAUGUUGUAAGGGUGUUCGUCUAG